CUGGUUCAAAGGCACUUGGUCCAUUUCAAGGUCAAGCAGAUUACAGACAUCCUGGGUUGCAAGGAGUCAAUUUUUUACGGGUCUGUGGUAAAGAUGCUACUUCCAGGAGAUAAUAGCAAAGCUGUGAACCUCAUUGCCUCCCAGAUUUGCGGAGAUGUCUCUGCAACUUGAAGAGCGGGGCAUCCUUUUGGGGCUCUCUGGAGCCUCAUGUGAAGGGGAUUGUGCACAUGCACGCGAUGCACUAUCGGUCCCUGGGGCUUUCAACAGAGAAGAUUCCCCAUCUCUGUGACGAUUUUUAUAGGCUUGCUGCUGAGUAUGGGAAGGACUUCGCAGUGCUACCUGACCAGGACAACCUUGCCAGUUCGUAUCUUCCUAUCCUGGCUGUAAUGGUCGCCUUGACACAGCGUGGCCUGAGAGAAGACGAGAACUCUUCUCAAGGGUUCCUUGAACUCGUUUCACUAAUGAGCAUCUUUGGAACCUUCGGCGCUGUCGUCCUCCUCAACAAUACUCUCUGGAUUAACAGCGGGGACCGAGACUGGAAGGUGACUGAGGGGAACACCAGCAUUCACAUGGUUUUUCAAUCCAACAACACCUUGUUUGAGGCGGGCAGGCUGUCCGCAAUUGCAGCCAUGAUACUGGGGAGAGGCACCCGGGAAGCUUUUCGGCAGCAUGGGGAGGUGCUCCGGGCGGAUUUUCUGCUGCGAGAUGGCCUUCCGGUGGACUCUUACGAGGCCAAGGACUUGCGCGUGGAAAUGGAAGCUCAAGUCUGUGACCUCACAGAGAAGGUGCUCUUUCAUGAGAAGACGUUUGGGGCGCCAAUCCAAGUUCUGCAACUUGUAGAGUUGGCAGCUCAGUCUCGAAUCAUGCACGUUGUGGAGGCUGCUAUGACCUGCAUGUUGAAGGGGGAGGCCGGGCUCAACGUGCACAGCACUGACAUCAAGGUGUACAAUCAGAGGUUCCGGAAGUUCUGCGAGGAUGUUCGUCCUAUGUACAGGGCUCUGCGCAGCCUCCAUGGCCGGAAGUCGGAACGUGACGACCUUGCGCCUCCCGAUAACCCAGAUGUCGGGGCCAACGACUCCGAAAACUCCUCAUCCGACGAGGCCGAGUCGUCAGACGAGUCCACUCAGAGCGACCAGUCCGACCAGAAGCAGCUCGACGAUAUUACUGAACAGCUCAAGAAACUCGCCUUUCCUUCUGAUCAAAGGGAGAGUCAUACUUUCUCUCUGCGUUCUGAGGGGAGCUCGCCGGCCGUGCCCCUCUAUGGCUUCUUGGACCCCAGACUGCGGACGGAAGUCACUCCUCGGCACCACAGUCUGGGGGCCCAAACGGAAAAGACUCUUGACGAGAUCUGGGCGACGAUAUCUUCGAGCACUGCUUGGGAAGCUAUCUGCUUCGUCCCCAACGCAAGCCCUCUCGACACCAAUUGUGUAAAGAAGCUGGUCACUUGGCUGGUUGAGAGCGAGCAGCUGUUGUGCUUUCCCUGCGUUCCUGCCGAGGAGAGCGGACCUCCGGAGGGUUGGCUGGUGCCCCUCUGUUUCACGGAUCCCGAGUCGCUGAGCAAGCGUGCAUGCUUUGAGCUACACAAUAAGCUCGAGGAGCAACACCGCUUCGCUGUCCUGCUUCUUUACGGUGUCAAAGACCGGGGCCCGUGGAAAGUCUUGCCGACGGAGGUCCCAAGGGCCGAGGAUCGGCAGUUGGCGAACCACACGCUGCCGCUUCUUGAGGAGCUGAUCCGCCGGAUCCUCGCUCUCGCGGAGAAAGAGGCCGGAACUGCGCCCCCCGAGGCAUACAGCUUUGAAGGAGAUUGGAUUCGCCAGCGCGGAAUUGCGCCGGAAAGCCCGUUUCUCAGCAUCGAUCACAGUAUCGGCGGUUCGACAAGCGGGAGCCAGGCUGGCGGAACGUCUGCUGGUCCGUUGGAGCGCCACGCCCCGGUUUCGGACGAGCAAACCACCGAACAGUACGUCCGAAGCUGCUCCCACCUCGGAGUGAGCGUGGAGUGGAUGACCAGUUUCCUUUCUGGGCGACAAAAGCCCCCAAACUGGUUACGGAGCUACCGGUUGAGACUCGGGCCCUGGAGGAAAGCGAGGUUUCGCAAGAAGAGCACCCCUACCAGUGCUGGCACGAUGGUGAGCCAGCGCGUGCUGGUAUUGGGCUCACACUAUACCAGAGGUGGAAAGGGUCAGAAAAGACGUUUCUCGACCGUGCAAGCACCUGUUCCAAGCGCCCCUGCCAAACAGAGGAAGGGAAGGACAGCUUCCGAUCUGAGGACGCAUUGCGUCCAGGCCCGUUUCAUGGAAGACCAGGCUGCAGGGUUGCCCCAACAACAGCAGGAGACGCCACGGCAACCACAGGCAGCGCCGCACCGGUUCGAGGUACCACCCGCACAUAGACGCGGGGGCGGCGCUUCUGUGGAGCGCAUGAGCAUCGACAGCGCAUGUGUUGAUGGUGCGCCGGCCUUGCCCGACCCGGAACCUAUAUCCAGCUCAUGGGGCCUGCGUAGCACUCCGAAUGAAUUCUUGCCGGACGAAGAUCAGUUCUUCGAAGAUCUGGAGGGCCUUCCCCAAGCCGCCCCUUACCUCGACUCGAUGGACUUGGGCUGUGCUGACCUGUCUAGCGAGAAAGGUGGCAUGCCAGACGACGUCCUUCGUUGGAACGACUCCCCUGACCUUACGGAACCGACUGAUGCGGGGGGAACCUUGGCGUUCGCUCAGGGCAGCCCUACGUCACCUCUUCAAGCAUACAGCUCGUCGUCCUCCUCUUUCAGCCCCCCGCCUGCACGCCUGCAUUAGCGUCGGCGAGCCAACCAGGGUCCCCUUUUGAUUGCACCCCUCAGGACCAGUCGGGUGUGCUCGGCGUUACUCCACAGCAGGGUCACGCUCAGGGCUCUCUUCCUUCCCAGUCCGACUCGGCCAUACUCGUCUGUAACCCGUGUGCUUAGGUCGCUGAUGUCAUCUUAUUUAGGAGGGGUACCGACUGAAUUGUACACUGUACAACUGGCUGAUGUAUCUUAUUUAGGAGGGGUACCGACAAUAGAUUGUACAGGUCGCUGAUGUUAUCUUAGUUAGGAGGGGUGCCGACUAAUUUUGUGCCAAUACAACAAUCUUGUAACCUACGUAACUUUCUGUACAUACAACAGAACCAUGUACAGCGAGAAAAUAAUGCGUAUUAACCGGAGUAGAUAUAAGUUUGAAGGUUUUCGUAUGAAGAUACCGCUCAACUUCAGAAGUGACCCGGAAGUAAGUGCCGUGCGCGCCGCCGGACCUGUUAAGUGAAGCUCCUGAUUUGCGGUACCAGUAGGCACCAGGCAUUUGACUAGCAC